AUGAAAAAAAUAAAUCAAUAGAUGCAAAAAAUAGCAGGACGCAAUAGCUUUUAAGAAUCUCCAUUACAAUUGGAAAAGAAAACCUUAAAAAAUUCCACCAAACCAAUUAAAACAGAAAGACCUUAACAAAAAGGCAAAACCAAAUUAUACGAUUAUUUUAAGAAAGAAAGGAAUUCAUUAGCCUAGGUGGUCAAUAACAUUAGAGCUAAAUUGAAGGGGAGCAAAAGUAUUGAUAAUGUGUUCCUUUUAACAUAAAAAAGCGAGAGAGCAAAAACAUCGUAACAAAAUCAAAUUGAACAAAGAGUCUAAACAGAUGAAGGGAAUAGUUCUAAAAGAAUAAAUUUGAAAACAAAAAAUUUAUCUUUAGCUACUGUCUCAGUUGAAAAAAAGGAAUAUGCAAAGUAACCUUCAACUACUAAAUAAUCUUAUAAUUAAUCACCUUCUAGUUAAUCAAAACCAAUUUUAAAUAAGUCUAAAUCCAAAGAUCAAUACUUAUUUGAGAUGUUAAAAAAUGCUCAAAAGAUAUCAAAUCAAUAUUAACAAUACUUUAAUUUGAAGUAAAAUAAGUAAUCUAUAUAAUCAGACACUUCAACAAAUCAUAGAUAAUCACUCGAAGAUAUGUUAUUAAGUUAAAAAUCCACAAAAGGAUCUCCUCAACCAUACAGUUCAAAAUUAUCAAAAAAAACAGAUGCCGACUCAAAAUCGCUUAAUUCAGGGUAUUCUAAAACUGAAUAAACCCCUGUAAUUAAAUAACAAUAGAAAACUAAAAUUGAAGAGUCACUCUAAUAUGAUCCUAAAAAGAAACUUCAAGUGGUUCUAUUUUAUAAAUAAACAAAAUAUUACUAUUUGUAUGAUUAUGAAAAUUAAAAAACUGAUAACUUGUAUAACUUUCUCAUUUAAUAAAUUGCAACUAUAGAAUUGGCCUCAGCAAAAGUAGAAGGAGGAGGAGGCACUGGUUCGACUGAAGAUUAACACAUUUAAGAAGGUAUAUCAAAGAUUAAUGUAGAAUUGAAUAAGAUUUGCCAAUUCAUUACAGUUUCUAAAAACAUCCCUUAUGAUUAUUACAUUUCAUUGCCUGAAAUGCCUCUAAAUGUGUUUUAAGGCAUAACCCUCUAGUUAUAGCCCUAGUAUGCUUAGUUCUAAGAAACAAAGAGAGUUGGAUUGAAGGAUUUUAAUUUGAUAAAAUGCAUAGGAGUAGGAGGAUUUUCAAGGGUGUAUUUAGUGAAAAAAAAAGACAAUGGACAAUUUUAUGCCUUAAAAUUAAUAGAUAAAAAGUUCAUUUUUGAUAAUGCAAAGGAGGUAAUAGUUUAAAAUGAGAGAGACAUAAUGGUAAGGAUGGAAAAUUAGUAUAUCACAAAAUUGCAUUAUGCCUUUGAGACAAAAUUUUAUAUUGCUUUUGUAUUAGAAUAUUGUGCAGGAGGAGAGUUAUUUUAUCACUUGAGAAAACUAAAGAGACUAAAUGAACAAGAAGCAAAAUAUUACUUUGUUGAAAUAUGUAUAGGAAUGGCAUAUUUACAUUCAUAAAAUAUUGUUUACAGAGACAUUAAGCCUGAAAAUAUCUUAUUGGAUUUGCAAGGUCAUAUGAUGCUUAGUGAUUUUGGAUUAUCUAAACCAAAUAUGGAGGAUGGAGAACUAGCUUAUUCAUUUUGUGGUUCACCUGAGUAUAUGGCUCCUGAGAUGUUGAUGAAAUCUGGACACAGCUAUUUAGUAGAUUGUUAUUGCCUUGGUGCUUUACUUUAUGAACUAGUUUCUGGAUUACCUCCUUUUUAUUCUAACAAUACUUAAGAAAUAUAUAAUGCGAUUUUGACAGAGAAUGUCUAAUUUCCAGAUUAUGUCUAAAUUUCUGAUUAAUUAAAAGAUCUAAUUAUUAGACUGCUUUAAAAAGAUCCAAAUCAGAGAUUAGGAUAAAAUGGGGGGAUUGUUGAAAUUCUAACUCAUGUUUGGUUUCAUGAUGUCGACUUCGAAGCAAUAGUAAACUAAAAACUUCCAACUCCUUAUAAGCCUGAGCCUUUAAAAUAUAAUUUUGAUGAAGAAGAAUUCAAUAAAGGAGAUGCUGAAUUCAGAAAACAAUAUGCAUUUAAUCUUCAAUAUGAAUUUUAAAACAUUGAUAAUGCAAAUUAUAAACUGCAAGAUUUUUAUUAUGAAAGACCAUAAUUAGAAUUUAAAAAUAGAACCAAUUUAGUAAAUACAAGCAAAUUAGUUUCAGAAUUAAUUUAAAAAGAAUCAUUAUCACCAAAUAAAUAAAUGUUAUCAAAAGUCAAGCAUUCGCCUUAAGAAAGUAAAAAAGUUUUAAGACCUAAUAUUAAGAGUGAAGCUCUUGACUAUUUCAAAAAGCAUAAUCUUUUGACGAAAUCUUCGUAGAUUCUUCAUUAGUCCUUAAAGUUGGGUCAUGCUUAUUCCAAAACCUUAUAAUAGCCUUCAAUGUCAAUUCAAGAUUUAAAAAAAUUAAAAUAAUUGUUUGAUCAAUCUAAAUAAUUGUUAAGUUCUGAUAGAUUAACUACAGUUCCUGAUUAGAAUAAUAAAAAUGGAGUAGAAAGAGUCAAAACUGAACAAAUUGGUAAUUUGCCAUCUCCUAAAACCACAACCAAUAGUGCUGCAAAUAAAUUAGCUAAGUUUUCUAAAUUAUUUGGAUCGGAAAAAAGAAAAAAAUGA